AUGCUCACAGUUCGAACUAACAUUUACCAGGCUCUCAGGCCUAAUGCUACCGUCUUUCCACCAUCACACAGGACUUUGAAUCUUCUUUUCUUCUUCUUGUCUGCGCUGGAUUAUGGUGCCAAACUGUCGCCGCGCACUCACCGCAGCACUCCUUGGUUUGUGUUGCAUAGUACAAUCGGACCCGAUCGUUUGAGGCUAGUAAUUUUUUUUUUGCUCAUUUCUUUCAAACUAGACACUGUCUUUGUUCGUCCGACUGCCUUUACGCUUGGAGGAUAUCAUUUCUUUCGAUUUGCAUUUGAUUCUUCCAUUUUAUCCCUUCUUCCAUUUCACAUUCUUUCCAUUCUUCUAUUCUUUCCAUUCUGCCAUUAUUACAUAUCUAUUCUUUCAUUCUUUCUAUUCUUUCAAUCUUCUAUUCGUCCAUUCUUCGCAUUAUUCAAGUCUUUUAUCCUUCCGUAUUCUUCUAUUCGUUCAUUCUUUCUUCCUUUUCAUCCUUCCAUUCUUCUGAUUCCUUCAUUCUUCAUUUUUUUUCCAUUCUUUUCUUUCGUCCAUUCAUACAUUGUGUCUAUUCUUCCAUUUGUUUCCAUUCUUUCAUUCUUCUAUUCGUCCAUUCUUUGUAUUCUUCCAUUCUUCUCUUUUUUUUCAUUCUUCCGAUUCUUCUAUUCUUUCCUUUCUUCUAUUUUUCAUUCUUACAUUACGUCUAUUAUUUCAUUCUUUCCUUUCUUUCCAUUCUUCUUUUCGUCUAUUCUUCCCAUUCUUCAAUGUUUUUUUUAUUCGUUUCAUUCUUCUAUUCGUUAA